AUGGAUUUUAAACAAAUAGAGCAGUAUUUCAGACGGGGACUAACCAAUCGUGAAAUACUAACUCUACUGAAAGAGGUACAUGGAGUCAUAAUUAGCAAUCGCACCCUUGAGCGAAUAUUGAGCAAACACCAGCUUUGGAGGAGGAAGAACAAGACUGAUGAAGCUGAUGUUGCAGCUUUCAUUCAGCAACAACUACAAACAUCAGGGCAGUCACAUGGUUACAGGUGGAUGCAUCAGAAAUGCUGGCUCAAUGGAAUUAUCACAGACAGAGAGACCGUGCGGGUGAUUUUACGUUUGCUAGACGGCGAGGGAGUUGAUCUAAGGUCUAGGAAUCGACUUCGCCGGCGAGUGUAUUUCAGCCGUGGACCUAAUUAUGUGUGGCAUAUCGAUGGAUACGACAACUUAAAGCCAUACGGAAUAGGUAUAAGUGGUUGUAUAGACGGGUUUUCAAGAAAAAUAAUGUGGCUCGAAGCUUACAGAACAAACAAUGAUCCUCGGGUUAUUGCUGGGUACUUUAUGACAGCUGUCAUAGAAGCAGAGGGUUGCCCUAAUUUGGUGAGAUUGGAUCUCGGUACAGAAAACGUCAAUGUUGCAGAGAUGCAGAAAUUUCUGCAUCAUGGAACGCAUCCCGACUCUGCUUGCGUCAGUUUUGGGCCAAGCACCAGCAAUCAAAGGAUUGAGAGAUGGUGGCUUACACUAAGAAGUCAGUGCAUCCAGUUUUGGAUGAACCUGUUCGACAAUCUAAAAGAGGAUGGACAUUAUGCGGACAAUUUCCUGGACAAAUGUUUGAUCCAAUUCUGUUUUCAAAACUUAAUACAGGAGGAACUGGAUCAAGUGACAUCGUCAUGGAACAAUCACAGAAUACGACCAGUGCAUAACUCUCGAUCUCCAAACGGUCGUCCAGCAAUUAUGCACGUAGUACCGCAAUUAUAUGGUGCAAGAGAUUACUUACACCCUGUAGACCCAGAAGUCGUGGAAGUGUGUCUGGAGGAAUGUGUAUUCAAAGACUACCCAUGUGACAAAGAUGUGUUUGAUGCCUGUGUUCACCUCAUUACAGAACACAAUCUGGAUAUGUCAAAAGAUGUCUUUUCAACUGUGGAUAAUUAUAUCAAACUCAGGGAGUUGAUAAACAAUGAACUACGUGACACAGACUAA